AUGGCCCCUCCUCGUCGGGCCAUUGUCAGACGGCGCAGGCGCGAUGCUGAGGAGGCUACCGAAGAUGAGCGCGGAGACUCGCAGAGCGAGGCCUCGUUCUUGACUGACGAGGAUGCCGACGCCGACGCCAGCGAUCUCAGCGAGAGCGAAUCUGUCGCCACGAGGAACGGAGUCCAGCGGCCGCCAAACGGCCAGGCCGCAGCGCCGCCUGCUCCAGCGAGCGCCGGCCCAAUGACCGACACCGAGGCCAUGAUGAACGGGCUGAAGAUAUCGCACGAUGCCGACGCAGUAGACUUCGAGUCGCUGCCCGCCGAGCCCCAGGCACCGGACGCGCCUGCCCAAGACGCACCCGACGGCACCCAGCCUGCACCCGCGAAGCAGGAGACAUUGGCAGAGCGCCGCCGGCGAGAACAUGAGGAGUACAAGAAAAAGAGGGACGAGGACCCGGCCUUCAUUCCCAACCGCGGCGCCUUCUUCAUGCACGACCACCGUUCGCAAGGCGCCGGCUCCAACGGCUUCAAGCCGUACGGCAGAGGGCGAGGCCGCGGACGUGGAGUCGUCGGCGGCCCGUACUCGCCUGCAGGCAUCAUGGCCCGCGAGGAGGCCGCAACCAGCGCUCCCUGGACCCACGACCUGCACGAGACCCUCGAGGAGCCCGCCCCUCAUCGUCAAUCAAAUCCGCCGGUCGAUACCUCGUCAAACCAGCCCGCCAAUGACUCACAAUGGUCGAAGCCGCCCGCUCCCAACGCCAAGACGCCUCCGGUCAAGUCGUUCUCGUCGACAAAACUGGUGGGGAACGCCCGAGUACGACUGUUUAUCCCUGGCAUGCAGGCUCCCAUACACUUUGCUGGCGUCCCGAUCAAGGAAUACACCAAACUCCCGAACCACCGUUCCAUCAUGUCGAGGCCCCCAGGAGGACCCGUUGACAACCGGCCUGUCGUUCGUCUUCCUCCCGGAAGUCAGCCGUUCCCUGGAUCUGGACCGCCCAGCCACCCACCAUCUGUUCAAGGAGGAGCAACGCCCGUUGUCAACAUGCCGCCACCGCCUGGAGCUCCCAUGCAGCAAAGACCACCGUUCAGAGAGAGCUGGGGCGGUCCUCUGCCCAUGCAUCAACCAAAGCCUCAGAAGACGGUGUCUGUUGCGGGUAUCGAAUCACCAGCAAAUCUGGCCGUUCAUGCACCGCAACAGCAGGAACAACAGCCAUUCCACCAACAAGUGCCGCAGCACGUCAAUGGGGCGCCGCCACCUGUAUAUCCCUCAAACGUCUCCACAGGCACGCCUUUAUCAAACAUCCCGGAGCGCGGGGUCCAAGCACAGCCAUUCCAGACUUUCCAGCCUGGUUAUGCGCCGCAAGGGUUCGCGCCACCGACGUACUACUAUCCCCCGCCAGCAGGAGCCCCGCAAUACCCUGCGGGCGCGGUCGUCCCGAUGUAUAUGCCCAACCCUCAGCAGGGUGCUUACGCAGUACCUGCCGGCUCAAUGCCUGCUCCUGCCGCACCGGUAACGACUGCGCAGGGACAGAUGGUGGCGCACGAACAGAAUGGCAUGGUGUACUACUUCGACCCGUCGCAAAUCUAUGCGCCGGUUGAGGGAUAUCCGCCAGCAAGCUACACGGUGCCUGGAAUGGGCGGCAUGAUGACCCCCAGCCCGGAUGGCUAUUACUACCCACAAAUGCCUCAAGGCGGGAUGGUAUACUAUCCCACGCAAUGA